AUGUCCUGCAAUCCAUGUUGCGGAUGGCGACUCAAAGAAGCCACCGCUACAAUCGGGAUCUGGUCAUGUGUAAGUUGAAAAAAGAGCUUCUUGAUGCCCCAAAGAGAGCGGUCUGCGGGUAUUCUACCCUAUCAGUGUUGCAGUACUUUUUAUCAAAUAUUUCUCGCAACGUUUGUCCAAAAUCAGUCCUUUGUGUCCAAUACCACUCCACUUUUGUUGUACUUACAUCACUUUUUGCACAGCUCUAUUCGUUGGCCGCCUUAGGGCUGUUUGCCUGGCAAUGGGGUGUCCUCAGUCAAUGUCAGCAUGUCACGAUGGCGCAGUCCAAUCUCCAGUGCGAAUAUUACUGUCCUUGUGUGGGGGCGAGCACGGCCAGGACCUCAGCUAUAAUCGAAGGUAAAGUCGCCGCAAAACCAUCCAUUUUUACCCGCACUCCGUAUCUCUCUGGGGCCAGGAAUCGUAUAGUUUAUACACGUUUAUAUACGUUGAGUUCGGCGAUAGUUUAGUUACUAUUUGAGUUGCUUUUCUUUUGUGUUGAAGCGUAAAAUUGUAGAUUUACAAUGUAUUCAUGUUGUCCUUGAUGGGCUGGCAGAUGGCGGCUAUAAAAUACGAAAAAGAUCGUGCCGCCAACACUCUGCUGCCCAAUUACAAUACGUAUGGGCGGUACGACAUUCCCUCUUACUACGAAAGUUAUUGGCAAUCACCCGAAGAGAGAUAUUACACAGGUAAAAAUGAAAUUAUUUAGAAUUAAAUACGGAGUGCGGGGAAUCGUUGCGUUAAUUUAAGAGGAAUUAUUACGUAACGAUGAUGAUUUUAGGUCUUUUUGUGGUGCAGAUCCUGUGUUUGAUUACCUCAUUGUUCCAUUUAUUCGCAUCUUUGGGUCUUAUUUAUGGAGUUCAUACGGUAAGCGUUAAAUAUUUUUUUAAAUAGGAAACGCCCUGCUUUAUGUACAGGGCGUUUCAAGAAAUAUUCCGGAAAGUUUUUACAAAUAUGUUUUUGCUGGAACUGGGACGAUUGGGGAAACCGAAAAGUACAGGGUGGUUCAGCCGAAGCUCCCAUCCUUAUUUCAAGUAUUUCUCCGCCGAUAAUACACCAAUUUUUAUAAAAUUUAUAUCAGAUUGAAGCUGAGGUUCCCCAUUUUUUGUCCACCAAAUAUGACAGGCCCAAGUUCAAGGAUACCCCCGUACUGAUCUUUGACAUUUUCAUUCCAAGUUUUGGAGCCCGAAAUCGGUGAAACUUACAGGGGAAGUACUCCAAGUGUGACGCUCAGAUUUUGAUGAAACUUGGCAUAAAUUUAGAAUAAUUUUUUCUAAGAUAUAUGCGAGAAUCCUAGCUCGCGCUUUGCAGAAACAACCGAGAUUUUUAGAUCGAAAGUCGGCGAAAAUUUAGGACUUUUUGCCGAAUUUCAGCACGAAAAGUUUCAUGCCUAUUUCAACUGUAAAGUGUAAUGUUUCCACAAAAAAUCAAAUUUUUCCGCACGAAACUGCCAAAGUUAUGGCCAAAAAACGGUUUUCUCUCUGACCGCUCUCCACGUUGAGCGUGCUCUCUCGGCGGCAAAAAUCGUUCGAUAUCUCGGCGGCGCCCGCAAAGCGCGAGUUAAAACUUUCAGGAAUUGAUAUAGUCCAUACCCGAUGUGUGUGCAAAAUUUAAAGAAAAUCUGAGCGUCACACUUCAAGUACUUCCCUUGUUAGAAAAUUUUUGGAAUGAUUUUCAAUUGAAUUUCUUGGACUUGGAAAAUUUUUGGAUUUCCGGUAAAAACAAAGUCGCAAAUUCGAUGAAAAUUUUUAAAAAAAGUAAGGUUCACAUAAGUAGCAAGUGCCUAAAAAAGCAUAUUUCAAUCCGGCGAGGCACCAAAUCGAACGAUUGAAAACGAAAGCUCUUUUCUCGGGCAAUUCAGGCCUUACAACUCGUUAUUUAUCUUCAGGGUGGAUUUCGUCAUCCACAUAGACAGUCUCUCCCAUUUGUUCGUAUUUUUUAAAAUUUCGAUUAACAAAGCCUGUUACCCCAGAACACAAGAGCAAUGCCUUCAAGAUUAAUUAGGAGUAUUCCGUUGACUGCGGUCAAUUUUUUCAGCAACUUCUGAAUGUCAUAUUUAGCCAAAGACUCGAAUAUUUUCCAAGUACGAGAACUUAAUUGAAAAUCAUUGCAAAAAUUUUCUAAGUUUCACCGAUUUCGGGCUCUAAAAUUUGGAAUGAAAAUGUCAAGGAUCAGUACGGGAGCCUCCAUGAACUUAGGCCUGUCAUAUUUCGUGGACGAAAAAUGGGGAACCUCAGCUUCAAUUUGAUAUAAAUUUUAUAAAAAUUGGUGCAGUAUUGGCGGAGAAAUAAUUGAAAUAAGGAUGGAAGCUUCGGCUGAACCACCCUGUAUUAUUUUUCUUCCAUGCAAAUGUCGAAAAUAGGAUAAUCGAGGGUGCUGAUUUCGAAAAUGACUUUCAUUUUUUGAUUGUUACUUUUUUCCUUACUUACAGGGGAAGUACUUCAAGUGUGACGCUCAGAUUUUCUUUAAAUUUUGCACACACAUCGGGCAUGGACUAAAUAUCAAUUCCUGAAAGUUUUAGCUCGCGCUUCGCGGGCGCCGCCGAGAUAUCGAACGAUUUUUGCCGCCGAGAGAGCACGCUAAACGUGGAGAGCGGUCAGAGAGAAAAGCGCUUUUUGGCCAUAACUUUGGCAGUUUCGUGCGGACAAAUUUGAUUUUUUGUAGAAACAUUAUCCUUUACAGUUGAAAUAGCCAUGAAACUUUUCGUGCCGAAAUUCGGCAAAAAGUCUUAAAUUUUCGCCGACUUUUGAUCUAAAAAUCUCGGUUGUUUCUGUAAAGCGCGAGCUAGGAUUCUCGCAUAUAUCUUAGAAAAAAUUAUUCUAAAUUUAUGCCAAGUUUCAUCAAAAUCUGAGCGUCACACUUCAAGUACUUCCCUUGUUAGGUAGUAUUACGCUUUUUCAAAAGUGCAGACACAUUUUGUCGUGGGCCGCACCGUGCACAAAACUCCCUUUUGCGGGGUGCAUUUCGACCUUUUGCACUGUGCAACCGGAUAUCGCUGCGACGCAAGCUUUUCUCAACGGAGCCGGCGCGAAUUUUUUGAAAUUGCACAGUGCAAAAUGUUUCGAAUCGGAUCGCGUCGCGCGGGGAACACGAAACUUGCACUGUGCGGUGCAAAAAAGGCCGGAAAAUGUGUCUGCACUUUUGAAAAAGCGUAAUACUGUUAGGUAGUAAUUUUUUGAAAAUUUUUGAAAAAUACUGGAUUUAGGGGUUUUCGAAGGUGCUGGUUUCGAAAAUCAUGUUAUCCUUUCCUCUAGUACUAUCUGAUACUAUGUAGUACAAGGUGUUGCCCUUAGUUGUGUUGUUCUGGUGCUAUUACUCAUAUUUCUUUUUUCAGUGGUCUAGAUACCUGGUGGUACCUUGGCUGAUCACGACUUUGUGUGCCAUCCUCACUUCUCUAGCAUAUUGCAUUACAUGGUGGGCCGGUGACGUCCGAGAUUACUGGUUGGCCUUGACCAUUAUUGUAUUCUUCACCAUUCUGGUCAAUGUAAGACAAAAAAAAAUUAUUUCAGAAUGGCACUGUUAUAUUUACAUACAUACAUACGUUCCGACAUUUUUUUAGUGUUAUUGUUUUACCGUGGUUUGGGUAUUUUACAAACGAAUGGAUGAGGAACUGAAAUACUACGAAGGGAAGAAGAUGAAUAAGUACAACAAGUUCACGUCCAAUCAAGGGUACCCUUAUGAUCCGGAUGAAAAUGACUUUGCUGGUGGAUAUCCGGAGCCACAAACAGAUCCGAGAUGGCCCAAUGAUGAGGGAUUUAACUACCGAAGGGACUUCCCGGACGAAAGGUUUGAUAAUAUUCCUGGAGAUCCACUGCAAGAAGGAUUUGUGGAUGACAGACCAAAAAGUGUUCCGGUAAGACUGAUAUGAAUUAAAAUUAACUUUUAAUUCGAAGCCGUUCCAUCCAACUGUUUACGAUGACUUUGCUGACGUUCCUCGACAAGCCAGCAGACAUUCCCACCGAAAACAUUCGUGUCAUUGUAAUAGACAUCACAAGAAACAUCGCCGAAGACAUCGAAGUUUGCAUCAUAAGGACGAUCUGUGCUCUUCUUCCUGUUCUACUGAAUAUACGGGGACAGAGGAGACUGUUAGUACGCAUCCUGCUGGGAGAAGGCAUCAUUCUCGGCAUGAUAGACACAGAAGAAGUCAUUCCAGAUGUCAUCAUCGAACUGUUUCUCCCAAAUCGAGCAAAAGGUGUGUUUUUAAUCGUAUUUUGUGUAAAUGAGACCCCGGGUCUUAUGUAAUUAUGUUUCAGUGCCGUUGUCCAAGUAGAUCCGGAUGAGCUGAGUCGGGGAGACUCGAAUGUCGGCACCUUACUGAGUGGCGGGGGAGGAUUCACGAUCCCACAACACAUUGUAAUACCUCCAGAAACUAAUGCCGAUCCCUCACAGCCGAGGAAGUACCAGAUCAACUCGGAGAUUACUAUUUCGUAUGACCCGAAACAACUGCCAGAACAAGCGGAUGGGAUGCCGUACGCCAGAAGCCCCAAUGUAAGUUUAUAUUACAACGAGUAAACGAAAGACGGUGCAAGUAAUCCCAAUAUGAUUUCAGCCAAUUUCCUUUACUUCGAACGUCUGA